AUGUCAGGGCAGAGCAAUUUAUUUGACGGUCUAGGGUUCUACGUCCAUCCCAUUGUAGAGGAGCAUAUAAUCAAUUCUCCUAUCGGUAAAGCGAUUACGAGUCGCCAAAGUAUCAUUUACCCAUUACCUUCUCUCGACCAAGUUCAGAUCAUCGUUAUCCCCUUGAUGCCCUUUUCCGGACCAAUGUCAAAAGGGUUGAAACCGCUCGAUCCAAACUUCGUAUGGCUCGAUCCUGAUACGCUGAAUGACACCCGUAGCUGGACGCCUGAAUUGCUGGUAAGGUACUUUGAAGAUACGAUACGAAAAGGGGAGGUGAUAGAAGGUAGGAAGGUGGUAGUGGGUUAUGGAUGGGUGGAAAAGUGUUUGAAAGCUGGGAGGGUGUUGGGAAGCGAAGAUGACUGGGAUGGAUGGCGUGUAAGACCUGCGUUCCAUGUUGUCCGCCAUUCUCGACCAUAUUUGCAACAAACGUAUACCUCAGAAUCUCAGCCUCCCGUCCUUCAACCUAUCCUCUCAAGAGCAUUACCUUCCGGAACCAACAUUCCUAUACCCGAAUUGAUCGCUUCCGAAACUGCAAAAGAUUAUACCACACGCCAAUCGAAUUUAAAGAAGUAUUCAGAGUCUCAACCUCCUUAUUAUCCAAAGGAAAGAUAUCACCCUUAUCCAACUCCGUCAGGUGCUUCCCUCACUCAUGAGAGAGCCCGUCCAUUACAGCCUCUUUUGACUUUGGACAAACCUUUACAUCAUAGAAAGCGAGGAAACAAAACUCCAAUCAUCGUUCCUUCGCAAAAGAUCAUUAAGGCUGUAUUUGUGCCACCUACGCCUCUUUCGCCUCUCACAUGGAACCGAACAUCAAAUCCUCCCUCAUCACGACAUGUACCGAUUCAGGCUAAUAACCUGUCAUCAGCGAUACAGCGUCAGAACAGGGUCAAAUCUUCAACUCCAAAUGCCAUCCUCCAACCCACCAGCAUGGUCGGUCUAUCUAAACCUACUUGGUGGGAUAUGAGUAGAUCGAGAACAAUCAACAUACCUAACACUCCUACUGAAUGGCAACUGGCUAUGAACCAAAACGGCAAAGUCGAACGUCGAGAGGCAAACAGCUCAGAAACGGUCACUUCGGUCGAUACCCAUACCCAAGCGCAAACGAAGAUUCUUGAAAAGGAAAAUGAGAUGUCGAAACGCCCGAAACACCUCUUGGACACCCGUGCUGUACUUGUGACACAACCUCUCCAAGGCGAGAAGUGUCAAGCUCAAACUAAGUUUAUAUUCAUCGAUUCUCAUGGCAAGCCGAUGAAAAUGUAUCUCGCACCUAACAUACACCCUGUUUACCAAGAGAAGAUCAAGACUAAAGGUGGACAGUUAUGUACCCGACUUCACGCCUCUAUAGCGAUAUUCUAUGGAACUGCCACUGAUCCAUCUCCAUUGAUGCCCAAGUCAAUAGCGGAGAAUGAGGCUGGAUGGAAUUGUGGUAAGAAAGGCCAGGUAACAGUUACCCUGGACUGGCUGAAAGUGUGUUUGGAGAAAGGGAAAUUGAUAGAUACCAAAGGGUAUCAGAUCGUAUUUCAAAAGUCUACAAGAAACGAGGGUUAUUCGGCGUAUACGACUCUGUCUAGUAAGAACAGAAAGGUUGUGCCCUUUACAGCACACAGUCAGGUCACGGUCCCCUCUUCGCGCAAGCCAAUCACUGAUCUUUCGAGCCAAGCUGAAUCAGUUGCAACGUCAAGAAUGAAAUCAACAUCCAUCCUAUCCCAGUCCUCUUCCUUCCCAAGCUGUCCGUCUCUCACGGAGUACGACUCCAUCUCAUGGCAAGUAGAGAAGAUAGCUAGGAGGCUGUACCAAAAUGGCAGAACGGGACGAUUAGCCACACUUUCAGACCCUGAUGCGAAUGGGAGUGGGAAGGAUGUUGGGACGAACGAUUAUUUGAAAAGAUAUGAAUCGAUCAUACAAGAUAGAGUGAUGGAAUUAGCCGAUCAAUAUGAAAGAGCUGGUGCAACCGUUCAGAACAACAAAACAAAGAACGUCCCUAUUUCGAUGUCCGCCCCUGUAUUGAUACCUUCGAUUUCAAGCUCGGAUUCAUCAAGCAUACGCAAGAGCCGUACUGAAGUGCAGAUGAGACCCGGAAUAGCCAACAUGCAAGAUCAUGCUCUCGAUUCAGGAGAGCUUCAGGUGACUUGCUCCUUGGCUGAUAGACUUCUUACUCGGUUAGAGACGGAGGGAAAUGGUACGGUAAAUGAUAAUGACGAUGGAUGUGAUAGUAAAAUGGAGAUCGGUGAUGGUAAUGAAGAUGAAGAGAUGAGGAAUCUCAUGGACGAGGAGCUGAAAGGGUUGGACGAGUUUUUCGAUUUUGGUGGUGACACACCUAGAACAGUGGAUACUUCGACGCCCACAGAUCGAUUAGAAACAAAAGCCGAAACCACAUCAUCAAGUUCCCUAUCAAUCAAACGUGUCCUUACCAGUGAAGAUAGAUAUGAUGCUGGGGUGGGUUCGCAGAUGGUAGAACCAGCAAGCCACUCAGAUGAGUCAGACGAUUCAAUCAAUGUCGAUGCCAAUAUCCGUAUGGGGAAAGAUGAAGGAAAUCUUUUAAAUGGACCGUAUCUGUUGCCAACGCCGACGAGAGAUGAGGAUACAAGUCCCUCGAUUGGUGAGGUCAGAUCGAAGGAUGAUAAUUUGGUAGAUAGGGAAGAUUCAGACGAGGAGAUACCGUUGAGAGUGGUACAAGCUAGUAGAGCGGGGGCAAGGGGAUGA